AUGAUGAUGAUGAUGGCUGUUGGUAUUUUUGUGUGAAAUGCGUUGUGCUUCAGAAUAAAACAAUUUGCGAAAUUUUGAUUUUAAACUUAUGUUUACUAGCAGACGUUUGCAAUUCUAAAAUAGAUUUACUCAAAUUCCGUCCAGGCGCCAUGAGACAGUUGAAUCCUGCGGUGUUUAUUGUGGUUUUCGCGUUAGUAUCUGCUGAUACCGGAACCGGCAUUAAAAAGGUCACCGAUGAUGAUCUCGUGAAAUUGUUUCACAGCCAUUCCAAUUUUAUAGUUUUGUUCUCCAAGAACAAUUGCGAAACAUGUGAUACAUUAGAAAUUGCUUUGAAGAAAAUAGAACAAGAAAUCAGGGACAAUCUUGAAGCAGAAGUUGUGAAAGCAAUAGGAAGCCAGAUGGUUCGUCUGUACAGUCCAACAAAAGAACCAGCUGUGGUUUACUUCCGACAUGGCGUACCUUUGCUCUACGAUGGUCCAGCUAACGAGGAUGCUAUAAUAGGAAAAUUUGUUCAAAACAAAGAUCCAAAUGUAAAGGAAUUAUCCGAUGAAAACUUUGAACAUCUUACCCAGGCUUCCAGUGGAGCCACAACAGGUGAUUGGUUCAUCAUGUUCUAUACUUCGAACUGCGUUGACUGUCAACGAUUAACUGCUGUUUGGGAAGCUGUAGCCGGAGAACUUAAAACACGCAUGAAUGUAGCCAGGAUCGAUAAAGAUGGCAAAGGAAGUGCUACAGCUGACAGAUUCCAUGUGACAAGUGUACCCUCAUUUGUUUUCUUACGACAAGGUAAAUUCUAUCGUUAUGAAAUCAAAAAGCACGAUAUCAAAUCAUUUGUCAGUUUUGCCCAAGACUGGUAUAGAAACUCUAAACCGGAGAAAGUUCCUGUUCCGCUGUCACCAUUCGAUCAAAUAGUGGAGCAAGCAGUACACUAUUUGAAGAACUUGCCGGAAUACAUUGAUGUGCUGAGAACGGAGUAUCCUGCAUUGUUUUAUGUGAUGUUCGGAAUGAUCGCAUUUGUAAUUUUGGGUUUCACAGCUGCAAUCGUGCUAGCUGUGUUGACACGCUGCAAAGCCGCAGCGAAAAGCAAAAAAACACGCGCAAAAAAAGCGAAAUAAAGCUUUUUCAAAAGAAGUUGGUAUUGUGCCAGCUCUAGAAACAUAUAGUAAUGAAUUAAGAUUAUUUUACAAUAAGAGUACUUAUGUGAGGUUUCUGUUCGUCAAUAAAUUUAUGGGUUUUAAUAUUUGAUUGGAAGUCCAUCAAAGUACA